AUGAAGUUGCUGCUUUUACCAGUUUUGAUGCUUCUUUUCUCUAUUGCCCAAGUUUUUUGCGAAGAUAACGACCCCAAAGCAGAGGCUGACUACUGGACGAGUAGUAAUCAAAUUCAGGACGGCUGGAUUUCCAAUGACCCCUUCAGAGAAAUCCUCCUGAGGAUGACACGAAAGCCACGGCCGCAUCAGUUCAUUGGUCUGAUGGGGAAGCGGUCUAUGGCAAAUUCACAGACCACCCGAAAAAGGCAUAAAGUCAACUCUUUUGUUGGACUGAUGGGGAAAAGAAGCCAAGAGGAGCCAAAUUCGUAUGAGUGGAGCACAGUACAGAUGUAUGACAAGCGCCGCUAAAAACUCAUCUCUUCACCUG